AUGUGUGGCACAAGGGCCCUCACGGACCUCAAGGUUCCUGUGGUGAUGCAGAAGGUGACAGAGGCGGUGCCGUGGCCCGAGAAUAGGAAGCCCCUAUGGGGCGGCGACCGGUGUCGGCGCUUCAUCGGGCUUGGCGGGCGGAGGGGACUCAGAAUGGACGUCGACAAGGAGGAGUUCGAGGCCGACUUCGAGGAGUUUGAGGGCGAUUCCAGUGACUCGAACCUGGAGCUCGGGUGCGGUAGGACGGCUGAGAAGGAUGAUGACAAUGGGGUCGUCGAGAUCCAGCCCUUUACCGCCGUCAAGCGGUCCCUCUCGCAAGAUGACUUAAACACCAUGCCUACUGUUGGUUUUGAUGGUCCUUCAGAAAGGCUAGCAAAAAGGAAGAGAAAGAACCAAUUCAGGGGUAUCCAUCCAGCAGGAUCUGCUGACUUUGCAUCAAACCAACCACUUGUGCCUGCAAUGAACUCUGCUCUCCCAGUUGAAGCUCCUGUUCUGGAUAUGUACUCUGACCAAGGAAGCAACUCUUUUGGCUGCUCUGACUUGGGCUGGGAGUAUGAUACCAAGACUCCACAUAUAUCAUCCAUUGCUUCCAAUUCUACGAUUGCUGAAGGAGCAAAAUCUGCGCUUGCCAAGAAUAACACCUAUAUCUCACUGGUGCCUCCUGUUAUGGAGAAUAAUGCUGUCAAUUUUGAACCUUGGAUGAGAUAUCUUAUGGAUGAUGGCAUGGAUGAGCUGAUUGAUAGCCUACUGAAUUUUGAUGUUCCUCAGGAUGUUGUUGGCAACAUGGACCUCUUGAGCUUCGAUGGCAUGCCCAUCCGUGGUGAAUUUUUCUGA